GGGUCACUAAUUCCAUUUUUUACUAUUUUAUUAGAAAAAUUUCUCUAAAAGAUAAGUCCUUCAAUUUUAUAGGAGAAGCCUUCUUUUGGCAUUUUUCUUUCUCCAAAUGGAUUUUUUCUUUAAAUUAUUUUUAUUUUCUUUUUGGCCUUGGCAUUUUUUUCUGUUUUUUCUUUCUAUAUACUCGCUCUUUUUUGCCAUUUUUUCUUCUUUUCUCAACCACUUGUCCCUUCAAUAGAGGAAAGAUUCUCUGUGUAAUUAUGAAAAUUUUGUUUAGCGGUGUCGGGAAUGAAAAGCAUUUUUUUCUUCUCUCUCGCUCUUGUCGGCACUCUUUUUUCUUUACUACUUUUUUAAGUAAGGGAAAGAGUAAAAAGUCGGGAGAGUUAGCCUCCUUUCCUUCUAAAAAUACAAGGAAGGAUUUUUGGCUUUUCCCGUUUUUGCUUGCUUACUUUUUGUGUCCACUAAACUCUAAACAUAGUCCACUCAUUUGUCCAUUGUAUGGAGUGAGAAAAGGACUUGGAAAUUAGCUUUUCCUCAUUUUCUAGUUAAUAUAUUUUUAAUUUAAAAAUAAAUUUUUAUUAAAAAGUUUUUUUGCUUUUUUAAUUUAAAAAAAUUCUAAUUUAGAUAUUCUGACGCUUUCAACCUCAAAAAUUUUUUUAAAAUUCAAAUCUUACUUUUCCCUCACAAUUCUUUUUAUUCACCAGAUAAUUCAUAUUUUUUUCAUAAAUUUUCAUAAAUUUUCAAUAAUUUAAUUUUAAAAAGAAAACAAAUAAUUAAUUUUUACAACUUUGCGCAUUUAUUAUUCUUUUUUUCCUUAUUUUCUUUCCUUUCUUUCCUCUUCGUUUUUAUAUUUUUUAAGCUUGCUCAUCUGGCUCUCAUUUUCUUAA